AUGUACUGGAUUCACUUGUAAAAUUUAUUAAUUAUAUAUAAUAGAUGGAUGAUCUAAAUAAAGAGAGUAACUCAUUAUAAUAGCAUCACUCUAUAUAAAUAGUUAAUUUUAAUAAUCUAAGAAGUCAUUAAAGCAUUUUGUCGGCAUCUCUUAAAAAAAUAAGAAAUUAUUUUUUUUAAUUUGAAUAUUAAGGAUUUAUCAUAUAAUUCUUUUUAUAGCUUUGAGUAUAUAGAGUACUCAGUUAAAAAAUACUUUUUGGAUCAACUACCUUUCUUUUAUUUGAUAGAAAACCUCUAAUUAAAAGAAGUUAAAAUCAAUUUCCCUAUUUUGGCCUAGUACUUCACCAGAUAUUCGUUUCAACACCAAAACUCAAGGUCUUAUUAAAGAAAAAAUAUUUAUUUAAUUUUUUGUACUAGAAAAAUGAAUGAGGUCUCAAAAAAAAUAAGUAAAAUAACACAUUUAAAUUUUUCAAAGUAAAACCUUUAAUUAAAAUUGUACUAUAUAAGCAAGAUAAUAUCUAAAGCAUUUUUAGAAGGUUAAUUAGAUCUAAUACCAUAUUCUAUUUUUCAGAUUAUGAUUCUCAUUAAAAUAAAACAAAUAAUAAUAAGAGGAUAUUAUCAAUAACCUAAAAAUAAAGUUCAAAUCAGACAAAAGCUCUUUAUUGUUAACAAUUAAUUAAGUACUUUCAGAAUUAAUUAUUUUGACUAAGAGAUUUGCAAGCCAGAUCCAAUUCUUGAUACGAUGAAUUUUAUUUUAUGA